UGUAAAUUAGGCAAAAAUGAUGCUCGCUAAGCGCACCCUUCUGAGCAGGCCUCAGGUCCGCCCUGCGGCCACGCGCCCUCGCCGCGCUGUCGUCGUCCGCGCGAGUGGACAACCAGCUGUGGACCUCGGCAAGAAGGUUGAGGAUGCCGUUAAGGACGCUGAGGAGGCUUGCGCCAAGGGCACCUCGCAGGACUGCGCUGUUGCCUGGGACACUGUGGAGGAGCUGAGCGCUGCAGCGUCGCACAAGAAGGACGCUGCCAAGGCUGACGCUCUCAGCGACCCGCUGGAGAAGUACUGCCAGGACGCUCCGGAUGCUGAUGAGUGCCGUGUCUACGAGGACUAAGCUCCUGAUGAGCGCGGUGUGGUGGUCGGCAGAUCGGCGCUUGUUGUGCAGCACGUUUACUGCGUCACGACGAGCGUUGGACAUUCUCGGCUUGGGCGCUUCACGUCCCAUGUGAUGCAGUCGGGUGCCGUGCUUAGAGGGUUUCUGAUUGCCUCAUGGUGCUUACGCCCCGCCUUGGACCUUAGGUGCUGUAUUGCGUGCGGAUCUCUUGCGGCAGUGUGAGAUUCUGCUUUACGGAUAGCACCUGUAGCCCAUGGCGUCGAGCAGUGGUCGAGUGACAAAAUUUUGAGGUUGCAGAGAUUUCCUCUGCUUUUUUGUGCGGAUGGUGCCGUUCGCUUGGACAAGUGUGUGCUUCAGGUUGUGUAAUGCAUACCUAGCUAAUGUAACAUACGUUCACAGACAUC